CAGUGACGAGCGCGUGUGUCCGACUCUGUCCCCUAAGUGGGGCACCCCUCUGCCAUGCGAGGCAUCCAGCUUCUCCCCGCAUCAGCCCGCAUCUUCUUCCUGGCCUCAGUGAGCACCCCCCAUGCGCUGUCACUACCCACCUGCCAUGUUAUCAGUCCUUACUCUUUUCUAGGAAGCAUCCUCUGAUCUGCUGCUUCCUGCCCCCAUCACCAGCUCCCACUAGGACUCUCACCACGUCUCUUCUGAAAUCUGUCUUUUGCCCUUUUUUUCUGCCUUAGGAAUUCGACCCCCAGCAGGAGCGGGACUUUUACAGGACUCUCUCCUUGUUGAAGAAGAAGGACCCCCGCAUUUAUCAGGAGAAUGCAACCUUUUACCAGAGAACAGGUUCUCAUUGCUUUGUAGAUGAUUGUGACCCCUUAAUGAAUAGUUUUAAGUUACCUGUGCUUAGCAGAGUGUUUUAGGUUGCUAUCUGUUGUUAAUGACAGCAGUAGUUAACAUUUGUUUAGCACGUACUGUUUGUCGGGAGCUGUUCAAAGUGUAAAUUAGUUGUUGAAUGAUCACAACCCCACAAAGUAACAGCAGUUAUGGUACCUAUUUUACAUCUGGGAAUUGAUGGCUUUGUUCAACAGCUGUUUGACCCUGGCACUGCCCUGUGCCAUCCUCUGCAGGGGAAGGAAGGGGGUUGUGGGUGAUGGCAGGUAUUUUUGGGUGGCCCGCAGCAGCAUCCUCAGAGAGUGAGGAGUCAGCAGCUGUGGAGAAGCAGAAGAAGGUGCGGCCCAUGUACCUGAAGGACUACGAGAGGAAGGUUAUCUUGGAGAAAGAAGGGAAAUAUGUUGAUGAGGAGAACUCAGAUGGGGAGGCCUUUGAUCAGAGACAUCAGCAAACUUUGUCCCAAAGUUACGUGGAGGAACAGAAACAGCUUAAGGAAAGCUUCCGGAUGUUUGUGGAGGACAGUGAGGAUGAGGACAGCGCUGGAGACGGUGGCUCUGGGUUGCUGCAGAAACGUGCUAAAACCAGGGAGGAGAAAGCCCAGGAGGAGGCCGACUAUGUCGAGUGGCUGAAGGGGCAGAAGGAGGUUGAGAACCCUGAGACCCUGAAAGAACUGACCCACCUCAAGGACUAUUGGAACAACCCUGAGCUGGACGAAGGGGAGCGAUUCCUGCGGGAUUAUAUUCUCAACAAACGCUACGAGGAGGAGGAAGAUGAGGACGGAGAGGAGGAAAAGGAGGAGGAAAGGCCCCCUGGGCCCGUGGUACAGCUGGCUGUGGAUGACUCCUCGGACGAGGGUGAGCUGUUUCUGAAGAAGCAGGAGGACUUUGAGCACAAGUACAACUUUCGCUUUGAGGAACCAGACUCAGCUGUGGUCAAGACCUACCCACGCAGCAUCGUGUCCUCUGUGCGCCGCAAAGAUGAACGCAGGAAGGAGAAGAGGGAAGAGACGCGGGAGCGAAAAAGGAGGGAGAAAGCCAAGAAACAGGAGGAGCUCAAACAGCUGAAGAACCUAAAGAGGAAAGAGAUAAUGGCCAAGCUGGAGAAGCUGCGGCAGGUCACGGGCAAUGAGACGCUGGGCUUGGAGGAGCAGGACCUUGAGGACGACUUCGACCCCGCCCGGCAUGACCAGCUCAUGCAGAAAUGCUUUGGGGACGAGUACUAUGGCACCAUGGAGAAAGAGAAGCCACAAUUUGAGGAAGAGGAAGGGCUUGAAGACGACUGGAACUGGGACACAUGGAAUGGGCCAGAGCAGGACGGUGCUUGGGGCCAACAAGAGCUACACUGUGAGGAUCCUGACUUCAAUAUGGACGCUGACUAUGACCCCAGCCAGCCGCGGAAGAAGCGUGAGGCCCCCUCAACAGGCAAGAAGAAGCGCAAGUCACCUUUUGCCACAGCUGUGGGGCAGGAAAAGCCGGUGUUUGACCCCGGGGACAGGACGUUUGAGGAGUACCUGGACGAGUAUUACCGGCUGGACUAUGAGGACAUUAUUGACGACCUGCCCUGUCGCUUCAAGUACCGAACCGUGGUGCCUUGCGACUUCGGGCUCAGCACUGAGGAGAUCCUGGCAGCUGACGACAAGGAGCUGAACCGGUGGUGCUCCCUGAAGAAGACCUGCAUGUACAGGUCGGAGCAGGAAGAGCUGCAGGACCAGAGGGCGUACAGCCAGAAGGCCCAGAGCUCGCGAAAGAAGGGACAGAUCUUCAAGUCCCUCUGCUCAGAGAUGGAGAUACCCACGGAAGCCACAGGCAAGCCACAGAGAGGCAAAGCCGGCCCGCAGCAGCAGCUGCCAGCGCCUGAUGGGGCCCAUGGGAAACGGCCUCAGCCUGAGAGCCCCCCAGCACAGGAAAAGGUGGCUUCUAUGUCAGCCCCUGAGAAGCCAGCCCCCCAGAAGCGGAGGCAGGGCAAGAAGGCACGUCUGCUGGGUCCCACAGUGACACUUGGAGGGCGUGAGUUCAGCCGCCAGAGACUGCAGGCCUUUGGCCUCAACCCCAAACGGCUGCACUUCCGCCAGCUGGGUCGGCAACAGAGGAAGCAGCGAGAGCCCAAAAGUGGCCCCUAA